AGCUUAAAUGAGCCUUGUUUAGUGCCAUUACUUCAGUUCAGCCACAGACCACUCUGUGCAUCUCUCUGUGCGCGUCUCUCGGAUACUCUGCUGCUCAACCUCACUGGACAGUGCAACCUACUUUAAUAAUAGCAUAUGUUGCAUGUGGAACUACCAGACACCUGUCUAGAUGGAAUUAACGUUGUAUCUAAUACUUAUCGGGAGUGGUUGAAGAACAAGUGCUUAUUUUCCUCAGAGGAAGUUCGGAGUUGAUGAUUGUCUUUCUGACUAUGGAAUUAAGGCGGUCAAUGAAAAGUUGGAUUUUAUAAAAAAGCGACUCAAUGCCUUGGAUCCAUAAAAUGGAGAGAGAAAGCGUGUAACUCCCCAAGCUUAAGAAGGAGAACGUAUUUGGCACCACCACACAGGGAGAGGAAAUGCAAAGAGCCUGGGUACUCCUUAUUCUGAUAGAAGAGGGAUUUGCUCUGGCACAGAGAACUAAAGAGUCCUUUUCUCAGAAUGAAGGCAGUCCACCUCAGAAUCUUAACGAAUGUGGCAUCUGGGUCCGCAACAUCAACGGGGGACUCUUCACGUCCCCCAACUACCCCAACACAUACCCCCCUAACAAGGAGUGUGUUUACAUCUUGGAAGCUCUCCCUCGUCAAAGAAUCCAGUUGGCCUUUGAUAAGAACUACUACAUGGAGCCUUCCUUUGAGUGCCGCUUUGAUCACAUCGAGGUGCGGGAUGGUCCGUUCGGCUUCUCACCGAUCAUCGACCGCUUCUGUGGGUCGAAGAGCCCAGGCCUGGUCACCUCCACGGGCCGCUUCAUGUGGAUCAAGUUUACCAGCGACGAGGAGCUGGAGGGUGUUGGGUUCCGUAUCAAAUACACCUUUAUAGCAGACCCAGAUUUUCAUCUGCACGUGGGUGGACUGUUAAACCCGAUUCCAGAUUGUCAGUUUGAGAUUGGUGGCUAUGAUGGUGUUAUCCGCUCCAGUCAGGUAGAAGAGGAGGAUAAGAUUAAGCCUGGUGACGCUCUGGACUGUAUCUGGACCAUCCGCGCUCCUCCUCAGUCCAAGAUUUUCAUUCGCUUCCUGGAAUACCAGAUGGAGCACUCCAACGAGUGCGACAAGAACUUUGUGGCCGUGUACGACGGCAGCAGUGCCAUCGAAAACCUGAAGGCCAAGUUCUGCAGCACCGUGGCUAACGACGUCAUGCUCACCAACGGGGUGGGAGUGGUGCGGAUGUGGGCCGACGAGAAGAGCCGACUCAGUCGCUUCCAGAUGCUCUUCACCUCAUUUGUCGACCCCCCGUGCAAUAGCAACACAUUUUUUUGCCAUAGCAACAUGUGCAUCAAUAACUCCUUGGUGUGUAAUGGGGUCCAGAACUGUGUCUACCCCUGGGAUGAGAACCAUUGUAAGGAGAAGAAAUCCAAUGGCCUGUUCCAUCAGAUUACUAAUACCCACGGCACGGUGAUCGGCGUGUCCUCAGGCGUGGUUCUCGUCCUACUCAUCAUCUCCAUCCUGGUCCAGAUGAAGCAGCCCAGGAAGAAGUUGGUAGCCCGCCGGCCAGUCUUCAACAAGGCUGGCUUCCAGGAGGUCUUUGACCCUCCCCACUACGAGCUCUUCUCCCUCCGUGACAAGGAGAUCUCCUCUGACCUGGCUGACCUAUCAGAGGAGCUGGAGAGCUACCACAAGCUGCGCCGCUCCUCCACCACGUCGCGCUGUGUCCACGAGCACCAUUGUGGCUUGCAGGCCUCGGGAGGCAGCAUGAAGCAGAGCCGCACCACCCUCAGCUCCAUGGAGCUCUCCUACCACAACGACUUCUCCAAGCCACCGCCCAUGAAGACAUUUAACAGCACCUAUAAGAAAAGCUGCUACGGCUACAAACAGACUCACGAUUGCGCCGAGAAUGUCAUUGAAGACCGUGUCAUGGAGGAGAUCCCCUGUGAGAUCUACGUCCGCGGCGGAGCGGCCGGGCCAAGUGCUGGGCCAGGAGGCUGUGGCACCCUCAGCUCCCGCAACGGGGGCCGCAAUAACACCAGCAUCGUCGACCCCCAGCAGCGUUCAAUGUCCAUGGACUUCUAGGUGAAGAUGGGAGAGGGGGAAGUAAAGGAGGAGAGGAACCUUACUCAAGUUUAUUUUCUGGUUUUCCUUCUUUUGAUCAGUUUAAUAGGGGGGACUCUUCGCAUGCAGAUUCAGCCUUUCCCCUGUAUGCUCAAAAUAACGGGACACUGCCACACAGAGACACAGUCAGAUGAAAAUUACUUGACUGUUUACUGUAUUUACAUUCAUUCACAUGUCAAGCACAUAUAUAUUAUCCUUCUAUUUUCAUCUUUAUUUUUGUCUAUGUACUGUAUAUUAAAACCAGAGUAUCAAGCUUCAUGUUGUUGCUUUUAACCCAUUCAUUUGAUAUUGUUUGAUUUGAUAAAAAUGUGCAUAUAUGAUGACAAUGAUGUGAUGCAGGUUAUGAUUACCACACACACAUCUACACACAUGCAGAGCCCCAAUGAAUAUUCUAUGUCUUGAGGGAACACACUAAAUAUACAUUCAGAUGUGGCAGAUUUUCAUGUAGGAUAUCUACAGGAUAUUUGCCAGCAGCAUACCACCCUGCAUACCACUGCUGGCUUGCUUCUGAAGCUAAGCAGGGUUGGUCCUGGUCAGUUCCUGGAUUGGAGACCAGAUGCUGCUGGAAGUGGUGUUGGUGGGCCAGUAGGAGGCACUCUUUCCUCUGGUCUAAAAAAAUAUCCCAAUGCCCCAGGGCAGUGAUUGGGGAUACUGUAGGGUGCCGUCUUUCGGAUGGGACGUUAAACGGGUGUCCUGACUCUCUGAGGUCAUUAAAGAUCCCAUGGCACUUAUCGUAAGAGUAGGGGUGUUAACCCUGGUGUCCUGGCUAAAUUCCCAAUCUGGCCCUCAAACCAUCACGGUCACCUAAUAAUCCCCAGUUUAGAAUUGGCUCAUUCAUCCCCCUCCUCUCCCCUGUAACUAUUCCCCAGGUCGUUGCUGCAAAUGAGAACGUGUUCUCAGUCAACUUACCUGGUAAAAUAAUGGAUAAAUAAAAAUAAAUCAAAUAGACAGAGGAAUAGAUGUGUUUUCUGUGUGCUUUUUAACAUUUUGGUUCCAUUUGGGGAUUUUGAGUUCAGAUGCGGACUAUGUUGGUGAACCCAGAGAGUAUAAAACGGGGAAUCUAUAAAGGGAUUGGGAUGCCGACACAAACACACCUGGUACAGGGUUGAAUAUCCAUGAAGUUUUUAAAUGAUAAAUAAAAGCUAAAAGGGUCAUUCGGGAGCUGAUGAUAAAUUCAGAGUGAUGUGAGAAAGUAGCCUAAAUAGGCUAGCAACUUUUAAUUCAGAAAUGUUGAUAUUACCUGAAUGGUGGAAUAAGGACUACACAGAUGAGAUUUUGUCUUCUGAUAUGACAUUUAAAUCAAACAGACAGACAGACAGACAUGGGCCACCAUUUAUUAUUUCAAUCACUGGUUGUAGGAUUUCAUUGUUUCAUUAAAAGAGACCCUACUCACUUACCUGUGUCUGCCUUUCAUUUGAUAAGAAAACACUAACAGUUGCUCUACAUUAAAAAAAAUACCAAAACCCCACAACAACUUAAUGAAACAGCAUGGGAAUUGAAACUACUGAAAAUAGCCUGAAGUUAAGUUUUUGUUUAGUUGAUGUGUACAAAUACAUUGUAUUCUUAGCCAUUUUAGAAAAAUGUAAUAUUAGUCUCCAAUUCAUAUUAUGUAUAUUGUAAUUAAUUACCAUAAUUGACUCUGCUCAGUCCUAUAAAAAUGUAUUUAUAUGAUUAUAUUAUACAUUGAACCGAUGUAAUAAAACAUUUUUUUGACUGA